CCCGCUCCCACCCCCUGGAGUACUCGUGGACCUUCUGGUUCGACAACCCCUCUGCCAAAUCCAAGCAGGUUGCCUGGGGCAGCUCCAUCCGAUCCGUCCACACCUUCGCCACCGUCGAAGACUUCUGGAGCCUUUACAACAAUAUUCGUCAACCAAGCAAGUUGGUUGUGGGAGCAGAUUUUCAUUGCUUUAAAUAUAAAAUUGAGCCUAAAUGGGAAGAUCCAGUGUGCACCAAUGGAGGGAAAUGGACCAUUAGCUGUGCUAGAGGGAAAUCAGAUACAUUUUGGCUACAUACCUUAUUGGCAAUGAUAGGUGAGCAAUUUGACUAUGGAGAUGAAAUUUGUGGAGCAGUUGUCAGUGUCCGUGGGAAGCAGGAAAAAAUAGCUUUGUGGACAAAAAAUGCUGCCAAUGAAACUGCUCAGGUAAACAUUGGGAGACAGUGGAAGGAGUUCUUGGAUUACAAAGACACAAUUGGGUUCAUGUUUCAUGAUGAUGCAAAGAAGCUUGAUAAAGCUGCUAAGAACCGGUACACAGUCUGAUUCUCUAUCUUAUGGAGCUGGUAUGGUACUGGUUGAACGUAUCGAGCAUUUUUGCAGUGACUUCUAGCAUCUUAUAACAUUUUGAGUUCUUUUUUCUUUCUACAAACUGCACUACCUCUCAUUGGAAAAAUUCUCGUUCUUGGGGAUUUUGCUUGGCAGUAUGUCUCACAAAAACAUGUAUCUAUGUAGUAUUUCAUCUUUGAUAUGACUGUUCAUUGUCUUGUAUUAUUUUGUACAUGGGGAAUAUGAAGUUGUGGAGUUAGUGGUUUGUUAUGGUCAUUCCAAAUAAGCAGCUGGUGC